CUGAAAGUUCAGCUGUGUAAAAACGGAAAGUAUUCGUGCUCCUGGGCUGACUCUGUCCCUUUAACAGAGUGACUUGGUCUCCCACUCAGCACUGGCAAAAUGCCUGAGUGUUUUCAUUUAAAUUUUGGCCAACUGACCAGGAAUAAUGGACCAUAAAAGAUCUUGAGGCAAGAUAGAGUCGUUUACAAGUGGAUGGGCUAUUUAUUUGCAGUUUUCUUUGUUUUUCCAUACUGUGUAAACCUACUGGACGUUUUCUAUGCUGACAGCUCAUUCUAUCCCCAGUUUGCCCUUUGAAUACCUUUGAAGGAAGCAAAAGUCAUCUAAUUUGGGAUAAACGUCAUUAUGAGGAAAAAACAUUCUUUCUUUUGCUUUCUACUUCUGGCUGUGGCAACAAACCAGAUAGCAGAAGGACAAGAUAAAAAGAAAGGGAAAAAGUCUUAUUCUGUUGUGCAAAGUGAUGAAGGUGAUUUGUGUCUCGUUGACAUAGUCUUUAUCGUGGACAGUUCAGAGAGUGCCAAAAAUCAGUUGUUUGGUUUACAGAAGAAUUUUGUUCUAAGCUUAACUGACAACAUUUUCCAGAUGAAGCCAGUUAAAUCUCAGAAGUACAACGUCAAACUAGCAGGCAUGCAGUUCAGCAGCACAGUCAACAUUGAUCAUCCUUUUAUUGCAUGGAAAAAUGUGCAGAAUUUUAAAGAGAAAAUCAGGGCUCUGGUCUACAUUGGCCAGGGCACCUACUCCUAUUAUGCGAUUUCCAACGCCACUCGGCUGUUCAAAAAUGAAGGUCGGGAGAGAAGUAUAAAAGUGGCUUUUCUGAUGACUGAUGGUGUGGAUCAUCCAAACAGCCCAGAUGUCCAGGGUAUAGCCACUGCUGCAAGGAGUCUUGGAAUACACUUUUUUACCAUCGGCCUUUCCAAGAAAAAUGUAAAGGAAGAAAAAUUGCGCUUGAUAUCUGGUGAUUCAUCCUUUAAACGUGUCUUAUGCCUGGAUGAUGAAAACCUGAUAGUUGAUGUAGCAUUGGAAUUGGAAGCCUUACUUCGGAAGAAAUGUAUGCAGAAGAACUGUGUCUGUGAAAUGGGAAUAAAAGGAGACAAAGGUGAUCCUGGUGAUGCUGGAUACAAAGGGGAAAGAGGUGAACCAGGACCAAAAGGAAACAAGGGUGACUCUCAAAAAGGAGACCAUGGAGAAAAAGGUGAAGAGGGAGCUCCUGGCUAUAAGGGUGAGAAGGGUGAAAGAGGAGAAUGUGGAUCCCCAGGAGUAAAAGGGGAAAGAGGUUUGGAAGGUCCUUUUGGCCCUAGAGGACCUCGGGGACCUCAGGGCAUCAGUGGACCUCCAGGUGAGCCAGGCCUGAAAGGCAUUCAAGGAAACAAGGGAGAACAAGGUCCUAUAGGUCCAUAUGGUCCUCCAGGAGUCCCUGGCAUUGGAGAGCCAGGACCCAAGGGUUCUCAGGGUUUAGAAGGUAGAAUUGGACAUCCAGGGCCUGCUGGAAUUGGUGAGCCAGGAAUAACAGGACCACGUGGCCCUGUUGGUCUGCCAGGUGAGAAAGGUGAACAAGGAGAAGGUAUUCAAGGCCAAAAGGGUGAAAAAGGCUCUGAAGGCAAAGUUGGUCCAAAGGGACUGCCAGGUCAAUCAAUAAAAGGUAACAAGGGCGAACAAGGCCAGGUAGGACCACAGGGCCCACCAGGACCACCAGGAUUCGGUAAUCCAGGAAGCCAGGGUAUGCAAGGUCCAAAAGGAAAUCCUGGGCCAAAAGGAUCUAAAGGUUUUGGUUUUCAGGGUCCAAAGGGUGAACAGGGUGAACGUGGACAAAAAGGAGAACCAGGACUCCCAGCAGUUGGAGAACGAGGGUUAAAAGGAGAUACAGGUCAACCAGGAGUCCCAGGAGAGAAAGGAAUUCAGGGAAUCCCUGGGGAUCCAGGCAAAAGGGGUGACCCAGGAGAAAAAGGAUCCCAUGGAGAGAAUGGUCUUAAAGGAGAAAAAGGCAUAUCUGGAGCAAAAGGUGAACCAGGAGAGAGAGGGCCACCUGGUGUUGCUGGAUCAUCUGUUCGGGGGCCCCCUGGACCAAAGGGAGAUCCAGGACGUACUGGGCCACCAGGAGAGGAUGGACGUCCUGGAGAUUCAAAACCGGGUCCACAGGGUACCCCAGGACCACCUGGACUACCUGGACCCCGUGGAGAAAAAGGUGAAGGCCACAAAGGUGAAGCUGGACCUCCAGGACCAGCAGGCCCUCCAGGACCAGAAGGCCCAAGCAGUAUGGGAGAUCCUGGACCAAAGGGAGAACGUGGACUGAAAGGCUAUCGUGGGCCCCCAGGACCAAUGGGAAUCGGAGUGGUUGGUCCUAAGGGUGUUAUGGGACAGAACGGAUUGCCUGGUCCCCCUGGUCCUCCUGGCAUCAGCAUACAGGGAGAUAAGGGAGAAAAAGGAAAUCCAGGUUUACAUGGGCCAAAGGGGUCAAUAGGAGUUGGCAUUCCUGGACCAAAGGGAGACUACGGAGAUAAAGGUGAUCCAGGAAGAAAAGGUGCCAAAGGAGAGAUGGGAGACCCAGGACCUCCAGGACCAAAGGGAACUUGGGGAACAAAAGGUGAACCUGGUCUUUCAAGAGAAGAGGUCAUAAGACUUAUCAAUGAGAUAUGUGGUUGCGGUACCAGAUGUAGAAUUACACCGCUGGAACUUAUAUUUGUCAUUGACAGUUCAGAAAGUGUCGGACCAGACAACUUCAUCAGUACCAAAACAUUUAUGAAAACAGUCAUUGAUGAGGUUUCGGCCAACCACGCUAAAACUCGCAUUGGCGUUAUCAACUUCAGCCAUAAAGUGGAGUUGGUAUCUUCUCUAGAGAAAUACACAACCAAAGAAUCUCUGAAAUCUGCUGUUGAUAAAAUGCUCUACUUAGGAGAAGGCACGUACACAGCUUCUGCCAUUAAAAAAGCCAUUAACCUAUUUCAGGCAGCACGCCCAGCAGUAAGAAAAGUUGCUGUGGUAGUAACAGAUGGACAAGCAGACGCUCGUGACGAAGUGCACCUGGAUAUGGUAGUAAGGGAAGCACAUGCUGCAAAUAUCGAGAUAUUUGUCAUUGGAAUUGCUCAAGAAACUGAUCCUCAUUAUGGUGAUUUCCUGAAAGAAAUGCAUCUCAUUGCAACAGACCCUGAUGAAGACCAUUUUUACCCGAUAGAGGACUUCAAGACACUCUCAGCUCUUGCAGAUAAACUCAUCACAAAAAUCUGUGAUAAUGUGUCUGAAAUUUACAGUAGAAAAGAAAAUGUUCUGUCACCACCUCCAAGUCCAGAACCUGAAUUGCCUAAUGAAGUUACUAACACUCAGUUGACUCGAGUGGCAAUUUCAGAGACUUCAGUGCCCCAUAAAGAAGGAAUCAGUUACUCACAUAGCCCACCACAGACCAGGUAUACGAAGCCGCUGCCGUCUGCUCAGGAUCACACGGUGACCACCUCUGUGCUCAGAGAAUCGAGAUUCCCUCCAUUUUCCAACAUAGAUGAAAUCAGACGUCAGAGUCCAGUUGUCAACCCUCUGCUCAAUAUUACUGCUGCUAAAGAUCGCCACGCAACAGCACAGCGAUCACAGGUCGCAAAACCUCAUAAAGAUCCCAGGUGCUUGGAACCUAUGAAACCAGGUGAUUGCCGGAACUAUGUAGUGAAAUGGUAUUAUGACAAGAAUGCCAAUUCUUGUGGCCAGUUCUGGUAUGGAGGUUGUAAUGGUACCAACAAUAGAUUUGAAACACAAGAAGAAUGUCAAGGAACCUGCAUUGAUGAAUAAAAAUUACUGCCAUUUGGAGUUUUUAAAGCAAGAAGUUCAUGUGUAUUAAGGAAGAAAUGGCUGAGAAGAAUCUAAAAUGACAUGUGAACAUGAAUAUAUUGCCACCACGCUCCACUGCUUUCGCCACUGUGGAAUUCAUGAGAUUCCUGCACAGCAUAUGUUAUCUGUAACAUCAUAACAAUAACUUUAUUACACAUACACAUGCAUGGGAACGUACCUUUUCCCUUCAAACUCAUAGUAAUUUGAUAAUACUAAUGUGGCAAGGAUAAGAUUUUAUUUUUAGGAUUAAAAUGCUGGAAGUGUUCACAUGGAAUUUAAUGGCAGAGGUCUCUUAUUCUCUUGGAAGGAAAAAAUGUGCUCUAGUUUUAAACAAGAGUAAGUAGCUCUGACAUUAGCACUCUUAUGACAGCAUUUAGUGUCAUAAUUUAAGAUUUUCACUAAUUAGACUAUCUCUUGUGAAUGUAAAUGCCACAGCAAAAUUAAUUAGAGGGGAGGGUUUUCCCAUUAAAGCACAUUUAUAUUAAUACCAGUAUAAUCUUUUCACUUACAAGAGUGGGACUUUCAUUUGAAAUUACAUUAAAACCAGGAUUCUUCAUGUCCUUUAUGGCAAGUAAGCAAAUUUCAGUUUCUCAGGGUCUCUGUGUUUAAAUAUAUAUGUAUUUCACUCCGAUAAUAUGCUAUUAAGUAAAAAAGGAAAAGAACUGAAAAAUGCAUAUAAAUGUUUACGUACAUUCUUUCUACUUUUAGCAGUAAUCCUAAUGAAUUAUCAUUAAAACUGAGAAUUAUGAGCCUGUAAUUAAAACGGAAAGCAAUAUCUGAUAAAGAGUCUGGCAUUCUUAUUCCUUUGUAGACAAGAAAACCUGUGAUCUGUAUAUACAGUCUGAACAGAUCUUAAUAUGUUUAAGCAAUGCUUGCACAUUUUUUUUUCUCCAGGUGCCCAAAAGAUAGCAUAUACCAUGCAAAAUGGACUGCUUUAUAGCAAACGAGGCACUAACCUUAUUCUAUGAAAUGAAGUGCUUGAAUUUUAGGAGAAUUAAAUACUUUUUUCAAAAAAAAAUUAGCUUUGUUAGUGAGUUUCAAAUUAGAAACUAAAAAACUGAUGGUAGCCUCCAAAAAUGCCACUGUUUUUAUACUCAGAAUGAAAUAUGAUGGUCACUCCAAGAAGAAAAACAACCAUGAAGCUGCGAUUAAUCUUGGCUGGAAAAGAAGCACUGGAACACAAGGACAAUACGUUGUACUACAUACUUUGUAGAAGCCUGAAAAUGAAGGGAUUCAGUGCUAUAGAAGAAUGCAACUUCAAUGGGCCUGGUUGUUUGUUGUUGUUUUUUUUUAAUCAGAAAAGUAAAUAGCUUCAAAAUAUACUGCAAAGGAUUGUCUCUUGUGAUAUCCAGCUAUGUACAGGGCUGGGAAUAAUCAGCAAGUCAGAUGAAAGUUUUCAAGCUAGUAAAUUUCCUACUAGUGAUGUGAAAA